GAGCGCGACGAGGGCGCCGCCGCCGCCAUGGCGCCGCUGCUGGGCCGCAAGCCGUUCCCGCUGGUGAAGCCGCUUCCCGGAGAGGAGCCGCUCUUCACCAUCGCGCACACGCAGGAGGCCUUCCGCACCCGGGAAGAGUAUGAAGCCCGCUUGGAAAGGUACAGUGAGCGCAUUUGGACGUGUAAGAGCACCGGAAGCAGCCAGCUAACACACAAGGAGGCCUGGGAGGAGGAACAGGAAGUUGCUGAACUGCUGAAGGAGGAGUUCCCUGCCUGGUAUGAGAAGCUUGUUCUGGAAAUGGUUCACCAUAAUACAGCCUCCUUAGAGAAGCUAGUAGACAGUGCUUGGUUGGAGAUCAUGACCAAAUACGCUGUGGGAGAAGAGUGUGACUUUGAGGUUAGGAAGGAAAAAAUGCUCAAGGUGAAGGUCGUGAAGAUUCACCCUUUGGAGGCCGCUGAGGGGAAGUCUGCUGGUGCCUGUGAUUCUCCAUCGAGUGACAAAGAGAAUUCCAGUCAAAUUGCUCACGACCAUCAGAAGAAGGAAGCAGCUCUAAAAGAGGAUGAAGGAAGGAGAGAAAGUAUGAAUGACAGGGCACGUAGAUCUCCACGAAAACUCCCUACUUCACUAAAAAAAGGAGAGAAAAAGUGGGCUCCUCCAAAAUUUCUUCCUCACAAAUAUGAUGUGAAACUACAAAAUGAAGAUAAGAUCGUCAGCAAUGUGCCAGCAGACAGCUUGAUUCGUACAGAGCGUCCACCAAAUAAGGAGAUACUGCGAUACUUCAUACGGCAUAACGCCUUGCGGGCUGGUACUGGUGAAAAUGCACCUUGGGUGGUGGAAGACGACUUGGUGAAGAAAUAUUCCCUGCCUAGCAAGUUCAGUGACUUUUUACUGGAUCCCUACAAGUACAUGACUCUCAACCCUUCUACUAAGAGGAAGAAUACUGGAUCUCCAGACAGGAAGCCCUCAAAGAAACCCAAGAUUGACAGCACUUCUCUCAGUUCACCACUAAAUCCUAAGUUAUGGUGCCACGUGCACUUGAAGAAACCCUUGAGUGGCUCCCCACUCAAAGUGAAGAACUCAAAGAAUUCCAGAUCUCCGGAAGAGCAUCUGGAGGAGAUGAUGAAGAUGAUGUCACCCAACAAACUACAUACUAACUUCCACAUUCCUAAGAAAGGCCCAACUGCCAAGAAACCAGGGAAGCACAAUGACAAACCUUUGAAGGCCAAGGGCAGGAGCAAAGGUAUCCUGAAUGGACAGAAAUCCACAGGGAAUUCUAAAUCUCCCAAAAAGGGCUUGAAGACUCCUAAAACCAAAAUGAAGCAAAUGACUUUGUUGGACAUGGCCAAAGGCACUCAGAAGAUGACACGAGCCCCGCGGAAUUCUGCGGGUACACCCAGGUCUUCUAGUAAACCUCAUAAACAUCUGCCUCCGGCUGCCCUACACCUCAUUGCCUACUACAAAGAAAACAAAGACAGGGAGGACAAGAAGAGUGCCCUGUCUUGUGUUAUCUCCAAAACAGCUCGUCUUCUCUCCAAUGAAGAUAGAGCUCGUCUCCCAGAAGAAUUGCGAAGUAUCGUUCAAAAACGCUAUGAACUUCUAGAACACAAAAAGAAGUGGGCCUCUAUGUCUGAAGAGCAACGCAAAGAAUAUUUGAAAAAGAAACGAGAGGAGCUGAAAGAAAAGCUGAAGGAGAAAGCCAAGGAGCGAAGAGAGAAAGAAAUGCUUGAGAGGCUAGAAAAGCAGAAGCGGUUUGAGGACCAGGAGUUGACUGGCAAAAACCUUCCAGCAUUCAGACUGGUGGAUACCCCUGAAGGGCUGCCCAACACACUCUUUGGGGAUGUCGCCAUGGUGGUGGAAUUCUUGAGCUGCUAUUCUGGGCUACUCUUACCAGAUGCCCAGUACCCUAUUACUGCUGUGUCCCUGAUGGAGGCCCUGAGUGCAGAUAAGGGUGGCUUUUUAUAUUUGAAUAGAGUGUUGGUCAUCCUCUUACAGACCUUAUUGCAAGAUGAAAUAGCAGAAGACUAUGGUGAACUGGGAAUGAAGCUGUCAGAAAUCCCUCUGACUCUGCACUCUGUUUCAGAGCUGGUGCGACUUUGCUUGCGCAAAUCUGACGUUCAGGAGGAAAGUGAGGGCUCAGACACAGACGACAAUAAAGACUCGGCGUCGUUUGAGGACAAUGAGGUACAAGACGAGUUCCUAGAGAAGCUGGAGACUUCCGAAUUUUUUGAGCUAACAUCAGAGGAAAAGCUGCAGAUCUUGACAGCACUCUGCCACCGGAUUCUCAUGACGUAUUCAGUGCAAGACCACAUGGAAACCAGACAGCAGAUGUCUGCAGAGCUGUGGAAGGAACGGCUUGCCGUGUUGAAGGAAGAAAAUGAUAAGAAGAGAGCAGAGAAACAGAAACGGAAAGAACUGGAAGCCAGAAAUAAAGAAAAUGGAAAAGAGGAGAAUGGGUUAGGCAAAACCGAUAGGAAAAAAGAAAUUGUCAAAUUUGAACCCCAAGUAGAUAUGGAAGCCGAAGACAUGAUUAGUGCUGUGAAGAGCAGACGGCUGCUUGCCAUUCAGGCUAAGAAGGAACGGGAAAUCCAGGAAAGAGAAAUGAAAGUGAAGUUAGAACGUGAAGCUGAAGAAGAACGAAUACGGAAGCACAAAGCAGCUGCUGAGAAGGCUUUCCAGGAAGGAAUCGCCAAAGCAAAACUGGUCAUGCGUCGGACUCCCAUCGGAACAGAUCGGAACCAUAAUAGGUACUGGCUGUUCUCAGAUGAAGUUCCAGGAUUGUUCGUUGAAAAGGGCUGGGUCCAUGACAGCAUCGACUACCGAUUCAGCUGCCGCCGCAGAGACCGCGCGGAUUCUCCUGAAGAGGACUCCUGUCCCCGCAGUAAGAAAGCAAACAUAGGCAAAAAUACAAGUAUGAACACACAACAUGGACCAGCGUCAGAAGUUGCCGUGGAGACCACUGUACCCAAACAAGGACAGAAUCUAUGGUUUUUAUGUGAUAGUCAGAAGGAACUGGAUGAGUUGCUAAACUGCCUCCACCCUCAGGGAAUAAGAGAAAGUCAGCUCAAAGAGAGAUUAGAGAAAAGGUACCAGGACAUUAUCCACUCUAUUCAUCUGGCCCGGAAGCCAAAUUUGGGUCUGAAAUCCUGCGAUGGCAAUCAGGAGCUCUUAAACUUUCUUAGAAGUGAUCUCAUUGAAGUUGCUACAAGGUUACAAAAGGGGGGACUUGGAUAUGUGGAAGAAACAUCAGAAUUUGAAGCUCGGGUGAUUUCAUUAGAAAAACUGAAGGAUUUUGGUGAGUGUGUGAUUGCCCUUCAGGCCAGUGUCAUAAAGAAAUUUCUCCAAGGCUUCAUGGCUCCGAAGCAAAAGAGAAGAAAACUCCAAAACGAAGAUUCAGCCAAGACCGAGGAGGUGGAUGAAGAGAGAAAAAUGGCAGAGGAAGCAAAGGUGGCAUCUGCACUAGAAAAAUGGAAGACAGCAAUCCGUGAAGCUCAGACUUUUUCCAGAAUGCAUGUUCUGCUCGGGAUGCUUGAUGCCUGUAUCAAGUGGGACAUGUCAGCAGAAAAUGCUAGAUGCAAAGUUUGUCGAAAGAAAGGUGAGGAUGACAAACUGAUCUUGUGUGAUGAGUGUAAUAAAGCCUUCCACCUGUUUUGUCUGAGGCCGGCCCUGUACGAAGUACCAGAUGGUGAGUGGCAGUGCCCAGCUUGCCAGCCUGCUACCGCCAGGCGCAACUCCCGUGGCAGGAAUUACACUGAAGAGUCUGCCUCUGAGGACAGUGAAGACGAUGGGAGUGAUUCAGAGGAAGAAGAGGAGGAGGAAGAGGAAGAAGAUUAUGAGGUCGCGGGGUUGCGAUUGAGACCUAGAAGGACUGUUCGGGGCAAGCAGGGUGUCAUCCCCUCUGUGGCAAGGCCUGGUCGAAGACCAGGGAAGAAGCCACAUCUUACCAGGAGCUCUCAGCCAAAGGCACCACCAGUGGAUGACACCGAGGUCGAUGAGCUGGUGCUUCAAACCAAGCGGAGCUCCCGGAGGCAAAGCCUGGAGCUACAGAAAUGUGAAGAGAUCCUCCAAAAGAUUGUGAAGUACCGCUUCAGCUGGCCUUUCAGGGAGCCUGUGACUAGAGAUGAGGCUGAAGACUACUACGAUGUGAUCGCCCACCCCAUGGACUUUCAGACGAUGCAAAACAAAUGUUCCUGUGCGAGCUACCGCUCUGUGCAGGAGUUUCUCACCGACAUGAAGCAAGUGUUUACCAAUGCUGAGCUUUACAACUGCCGUGGCAGCCAUGUGCUAACCUGCAUGGUGAAGACGGAACAGUGUCUGGUGGCUCUGUUGCAUAAACACCUUCCUGGCCACCCAUAUGUCCGCAGGAAACGCAAGAAGUUUCCCGACCAGCUUCCUGAAGAUGAAGGGGACAGCGAGCCAGAACCUGUUGGACAGUCCAGGGGACGAAGACAGAAGAAAUAGGCAGACCCUGGUAAGGGAGCCGAGGCUGAGGGACUGGAGCGGGAGAAGGGCAAGGGAGAGUCAGAGAGGCGAGAGACGAAGACUGCAAACAACUUAAACAGGAGGAGAUCCCAGGGAGCCCAGAAAUGCCUGUCAUCUCAGCGUGUGCUGCUUCUCUAGAACCCGCUCAGGGCUUUCCUCAAGUAAAGUUCUUUGGGGCACUGGUUGGUGGUCUCUGCCAGGAAAGACUGGGCGGAAGAGGGGCUGUAGCUCUCUCAGAGUUUCCAGGAAAAUACUAGGCUUUUCCUGGGAGCCCAGUUCCUUUUCCUUUCUUCUUUCCGAAGGCCCUCCCACUUUGGCUACCAGGACAAGCCCCUCUGGCCUCCAGGGGCAGGAUUACUGUGUUACAUAGAAGGAUCAAGGGUAAUCAGGCCAAUUGAUGAUGGUGAUUUUUUUCUUUAAAUCUGUAUUUAUGUACAAUCUUGUCUCUUUAAGCCCAUACUGUCUCUUCCUCCUCUCCCUCUCAGGUGACGGUAUCAGUGAGUGCCAUACAGAGUUCUGUAUUCACCAGCAUCAUGAAACAGUUGUAGUCUUUUGAGCUGAUCUUGGCAGAGUGAAGGGUUGUUUUCCGGAGCCAUUCCUGAACACCCCUCCCCUUCUUUGUGACAACCUUCUCUCCACCCCUACUUCACCCCACCCCCUCCAAAAAAACGACGGCACUUCACUUAGAGACUGGAGUCCUGCUUAUAAUCAUGCCUAUAACCUUUACCUUGGAUGGAUCUGGCCAGAGGGGUGUUGGAGCCCAGCCCGCCCACAUACCAGACAUGUUCUGGGGGGGGAGAAGAAAAGCAGGAAGCAUUGAAAUGUUUAAUUUUUUUAAAUCGAGUUUUCUAGUUGUUGCGAGUUGCUUGUUUGAGCAGUGACGUUGUAUAAAGAACAUCUUGUAAAAUACUUGUCCGCUUGCUUCGGCACAUGUACAGUACAGUUUAUAUGACAAUGUGUUUGCUUUACUUUUCCCCGUCUCCUCCCUCAGUCCACCCUCUUGCCUUUGAAGAAGUUGGCUUGGAGGCUCACGAAGGCGGAGUAGGGUCUGGUUGGGGGAGAGGAAGUCCCCUUUUCCUGCCGUGGUGGCUGUUUCAGCCUCUCCCCUCCACAGCCUCCUCCCAUACCCAUUCUGGCUUCAGACUUGGAACUCUGUGAGAACCUGAACAUUUCAGUGGUCACUGUCAGUGGGGUGGUGGAGGGAGCAAAGGAGAAGCUCACGGAGCCCCUUCCCACAACAAGUCUAGCCACUAGUUGUUAUGUUUAGGUAAAACUUUGUAGUUUUCUUUCCCUUUUAUGGCAGAUUUUGAUAAAAACACAAAACAGGGUUUAAUCUUCUUUUCUAUCAACUUUGAAUUCAGAAUAUCUGAGCACCCAAGCUCUUCUGUAACUAUUUAAAUUAAAGGAAAAGAAGUCCACCAAGGGAUUGUAACUCAUAGAAUUUGAAAAUAAAGCCUCUAAUGUUAAA